AUGGGGUACUUAAAAAUAAAUGCCUCAUUAAUUAGUGCUCUGAUUGAAAGAUGGAGGCCAGAAACACAUACCUUUCACAUGAGAUGCGGAGAAUGUACUAUUACUCUCCAAGACGUCUCUGUAUUGUUAGGUAUAAGUGUGGAUGGUUUACCAUUAAUCGGUCCAACAAAUCUUGAUUGGGCUGAUUUAUGUGAGGAAUUAUUGGGAGUCAGACCACAAGAAGAUGAAAUUAGAGGUAGUGUGGUUAAAUUAAGUUGGCUGGCUCACCAUUUUGCCCAAAUAAAUAAUGACGACGACGAAGAACAAGUACGAAGGUUUGCCCGUGCAUGGAUAUUGAGAUUCAUUGGAGGUGUCUUGUUCGUUGAUAAAAGCAGUAACAAAGUUUCGCUAAGAUACCUUCAAUUUUUACGUGACUUUGAAGAAUGUGGCAGAUAUGCAUGGGGAGCUGCCGUACUUGGUUUUCUAUACAGAGAGAUGUGCAAUGCCACCGAUUAUAAAACUAAAUCAAUCGGAGGUAUGUGCAUCUUACUACAAAUGUGGGCAUGGGAACGAUGUCCAACCUUGGCUCCAAAGAGGACUCCUUCCCAAGUAGAAAAUACACCACUGGGGCAUAGGUGGCUGCGACGUGGAAACCAACAUAUCGGCAAUGAUGAUGUGAGAGUUUUUCGUCGCAAGUUAGAUAUUAUGAAACGUCAUGAGUUUGUGUGGGAGCCGUACCCAUCAACCGUAAUAUCACUGUUGCCUCCCGUUUGUUUAGUCGGAAGUCUCGCGUGGUACGUGGUGGUGCCACUAAUUUGUUUCCAAGUUAUUGAGUGGCACCAACCGGACAGAGUAUUGAGACAAUUUGGGAUGCAACAGCCAAUUCCAGAGUCUCCUUCACAACCCUUAAACAUUCAUGGCAUAACAUUGAAAGGGAAACAUGACGAAAAUUGGGGGCAAUUGUUCGCCCCAAUGAUUGAUCAGUGGAAUAAUCGCCAUGCAUUUAGGGUCGACGCUUAUCCCCGACAAGAAGGCCUAUUGAGUUUUAACUCGGACUACAUGGUCUGGUAUAGGCGAAAGACAAAGAUGUUUGUUGACCCAGCAAAUGCAAAGACGGCUACAUUGGGUGAAGUUGCGGAGGCAUUACAAUACAUGGUGUCUCCUCAAGGGAGGAAUACAUGCACAUUUGAUGAUCUCGUGCCUUAUGUGGAAAAAAUUACAAUUUUAUCCGAAGAGCAAGAGAGAGUCACUGAGCCAGUGUCACAUGGUCCCGCAUCAGAGCGUCAAUUUCCUGCACAACAGUUUCACAUGCUUCAGUCAAGUAUUGAAACUCAGGGGAUAGACAGAAGAAGGGACACUGUUGAAGCGGAAGAAUAUUCCCAACAAAUGGCGGAGCGUGGCCAUGGAAUGUAUUACACACCACAAACAUUUGCUGAGUAUCCGACCCAGAUGUAUCAAUAUCCUUUUCAGGAUCAUCACACUGAUACUUCUGCAAGCCAGCAAUCUUUAUUAAGGCUUACUUAUGGAUAA